AUGUUUCGUAAAUCACCGCUGGCCAUCGGGGCCAUCCUCGCUUUGUUGUCCAGGAGGGCCGUCACCAUCGACUUCACGAGAUUCCCAGGACUGAUGGCGAAGCUGGACACGGCUGCCACGCAGCUCGACAGACUUGGUCUACUACCCAACGACGACGACUGGGUCUUCGACUUCUCGCAACAGCAACCAUUCUUCACCACAAGACCUGGCGGUGUGGCGAAUAUGAACGCAGCUACGUUCCCUCCUGCUCGAAAGAACGGGCUGACCUUGGCCAUAGUACAGCUUGGCCCGUGCGCAAUGUUGCCGCCGCACUACCACCCUCGCGCUGCUAACUGGGUGGUCGCGAUCACUGGCAACACCACCACUUGGAUGCAAGAAGAGAAUGGAGCUCACACCAUCACUACACAUCUCACACCAAUGAAGGCGACAAUCUUCCCUGCAGGCGCUCUACACAUGAUGGGCAACGAAGCUUGCGAGGAUGCUAUGAUGGUCUCUGCCCUGACCGACGAGGAUGCAGGAACUCUUAACAUUGGCAACAUCUUCACCAAUGGCUUCGACUGGGACUGGGUCAAUGCUGCGUUUGGCGGCGACGUCUUGAACGAGGAGAGUGCUGCGCAUAUCCGUCCGAUCGGCACAGGCGCCAACUGGGGCAGUCGAAAGUGCAUGGCGAGAUGCGGUAUCGACCCAUAUAACACGACCACUACCACCAACACGACCGAGACCAGCGCUGCCCACAAUGAAACGAGCAGCGAGAACCCGAGGACCAGACCGAGACUUCCAUGA